AUGAAAUUCACCGACAUUUUACUAUUACUGACCGCGGCGGCAACCGCCAGUGCAAUACUGGUUACAGCUGAUGAAGAUGGCUCACUUCAAGAAUCAGGCACUUCUAGCCAAGUGUCUGUCCCGACUAACGAACCCAAUCCAAACACUAUCGACGAACACCAGCAACAAACAAUGAGUGGAUACGAAUCAGGAAGUACCAGUUCAAGUCAAAGGACUGUAUUAAGCAAAGAAGAUCGAAGAAAUCUUAACACAUUAAAGAGAAAACAUCAAGUGUCUCUAAGAAAAGAAAGGAAAAUAUGCGAUUAUUACUAUGACUAUCUAUCCAAGGGGCACAAACAAAAGUCAAGAUUAAGAAAUGGCGGAAAGAUAAGUGGACCAAAGCACAACUCAAGGAUUGAAAAGGCAAUGAGAUUACGAUGUGAAGUUGCAACUGAAGAAUCAAACAAUGCGGAACAAGAAUUAAAGGACUUUAUGCUAAAGCAUGGUUUGAAACCGAAAGGAGAGUCGGAUUCAGAUUCAGAUUGA